CUUCACUGUUGAUUAUCUGAAUAUGCCACGCUCUUCCUUCCACAUGUUUAUUAUCUCAACCUUUGUUCUACACAAUCGUCUGGACUAAAGAAAGCCAACAACAGAAUCUGGUUUCAAGACGGUUGGCAGGAGUUUGUCAACCGUUCCUCCAUUCGGAUUGGUUUCCUUUUGAUUUUCAGAUACAAAGUUACCGUCUUCAUUUUCAAUCUAUCAUCCACACUCUGAGAUCAACUACCAUUCUAGCUUAUGGAAAUGGAUUCCGCACAGAAUCAGUUUAACAAACGUGCUCGAUUGUUUGAAGACUCUCAAGACAAAGAUGCUAAGGUCAUUUAUCCAUCGAAUCCUGAAUCUACUGAACCGGUGAAUAAAGGUUAUGGCGGUUCUACAGCCAUCCAAAGCUUUUUCAAAGAAUCUAAAGCUGAAGAAACGCCGAAGGUACUUAAGAAGAGAGGAAGGAAGAAGAAGAAUCCUAAUCCUGAGGAAGUAAACUCUUCAACUCCGGGUGGAGAUGACUCAGAGAACCGCUCAAAGUUCUACGAGAGUGCUUCUGCUAGAAAGAGAACUGUAACCGCAGAGGAAAGAGAGAGAGCUGUCAAUGCAGCCAAAACAUUCGAACCAACCAAUCCUUACUUUAGAGUUGUUCUGCGACCAUCUUAUCUAUACCGAGGCUGCAUCAUGUACUUGCCAUCUGGGUUUGCUGAGAAGUACCUAAGCGGGAUAUCUGGUUUCAUCAAGCUCCAGCUCGGUGAGAAACAAUGGCCAGUGAGGUGCCUCUACAAAGCAGGGAGAGCUAAGUUUAGCCAAGGAUGGUAUGAGUUCACACUCGAGAACAAUAUAGGCGAAGGAGAUGUAUGUGUGUUUGAGCUACUCAGAACUCGGGAUUUCAUUCUGAAAGUCACCGCCUUUCGCGUCAAUGAAUAUGUGUGACCAAAAAGCGCUUUCAUUAGCGAUCUUGCAGGUUCCUAUGUUUCGAUGUGGAUAAGUAUUUGAUGAUUAUAAUAACCUCUGAGUGGGAAACUCUUUUGUUUGAGUGGUAGUUAGGUUCAAAAGUAGAGUUGUAUAUACUUUAUCUUCAGCAGGAUAAUUAUGUUUAUGUGAAUUGUUGAUUAUUAUUGGUUUGUGUGUGGAUCCGAAUUUCAAUUUCUGUGUCACCAUAAAGUUAGUCGACAAAG